UGUUUGAUAGAACAUAACCUAACCCAUUCGUCUGAAAGUAAACAAGGCAAUUCAUCGUCAAGAUGUUCGUAUAUUUGAGCAAAAAAAUCGCCAUCCCGAACAAUUUUCGAUUAAACUGUAUGGCCUGGAACCAACGGCAGGGUUUCAUAGCUAUUGGUGGUGAAGAUGGUCUUCUGAAGGUCCUGAGAGUAGAUUCUAGUUCCAAUGGCACAAUGUCUAAAAGCCAGGGCUUAGCAGCAGCAAAUAAUUUAAGCAUGAAUCAGACUUUAGAAGGACACAAUGGUCAUGUUCAAGUCGUCACAUGGAACGAAGAACACCAGAAGUUGACAUCAAGCGAUCAGCAUGGCGUUAUAAUAGUUUGGAUGUUGUACAAAGGCUCUUGGUAUGAGGAAAUGAUAAACAAUCGUAAUAAAUCAGUUGUCAGGGGAAUGGCGUGGAGUUCUGAUGGGCAAAAAAUUUGCAUUGUAUAUGAGGAUGGUGCUGUCAUUGUUGGGUCAGUAGACGGUAAUAGAAUAUGGGGAAAGGAUCUAAAGAAUACCUUACUGACUGGAGUGCAAUGGUCGCCCGAUGGCAAGCUGUUGCUCUUCAGCGUUAAAAGUGGAGAGGUUCAUCUUUAUGAUAACCAAGGGAUAUUCCUAAUGAAGCUCAACAUGCUGCCAUUGAAGUUUGACAAACUACAAACAGUUGUUACCCUGCAUUGGUACAAUGGAAAAAAUGGGUCCAUUGCUCUCGAUGCACCAGUAUUAGCAGUGUUUUACCAAAAUGGGAAGAUUCAGUUGAUGACAAGCGAAAACGAUCAUACUCCAGUCGUUGUUGAAACAGGUAUGAACAUAGUUUGUGGCUGCUGGAAUAGUUGCGGAUCUCUGAUCGCUGUCACAGGCAUAGUGCCCCUUGUUGUCAAUGGGGAAACUCGCGACUCGAAUGUAAUCCAGUUUUAUACCCCUCUUGGAGAGCAUGUCAGAACCCUGAAAAUUCCUGGAAGAGAAGUGACCUCAUGUACAUGGGAAGGUGGAUCGCUACGGGUUGCUCUAUCAAUAGAUUCACAUAUUUACUUUGCUAAUAUCCGCCCGGACUACAAAUGGACAUAUUUCAGCAACACAGUAGUAUUUGCGAGUGAAACAAUUGGAAGAGACGGAACAUGCGUGACAUUCUGGAAUACUAAUAGUAACCUUAAAUACACAAAAAAUGUCAAAGCUCUCAUCUCUAUUGCUUCGUACGGAGAACACUGCGUUCUUGCAGUAAAAAACAAUGUGAUCCAAACAGCUGAAAGAUUUGCUUUGUUAGUAUGCAACACGAUAGCAACCCCUGUGGAUAUUAAAUACAUGGAAAUAGAGCCACUGUGGGUAGCUAUGACAGGUAAUGUUGUUAUCGUUGCAUCAAGAAACAAUUUUAUCCUAUGGAAUUUCAGAACGCCAAGAAAUUCUGCUUUAGAUUCAAGCAAAACAAGGAGAGAUAGGGCUUAUCACGUUGAUGAUACUCCGACUGGGGUAACAGAGGUCUUACAAGACUUGGACAAAGAUAGAAUAUUUGAAACUCCAAUUAAAACAAAGGCUACCGUUGAUUCGAUUUGCUGUGUCACUGCAUCAGAGAAAAUUCUUCUCAUUGGAAGAGAGUCAGGGAUGAUUCAGAGAUACUCGCUACCACAGGUGACUUUGACAAAUCGCUACGCUGUGUCUUCAAGACCCUGCAAAUUGGCAGUGAAUUCAAAUUCGAGCAGGGCAUCAAUCAUAGACAAUUCUGGGAUCCUGACAAUGCUUAAUCUUGAACCACAGAAAAAUCUGGACGAAGAAGGCAGCGAUGAUAUUAGUAAGUUUGAGAGAAAGGACGUGUGGGCCAUGUGCUGGGCACAGGAUAACCCUGCACUUUUGGCCAUUAUGGAAAAAACUAGGAUGUACGUCUUGCGUAGCAUAGAUCCGGAGGAGCCUAUAUUGUGUUCUGGGUACAUAUGCAGCUUCCAAGACCUCGAGAUUCGCUGUGUUCUGCUGGACGACCUUAUGCAGAAAUCUGAAGACACAAGACGUGACUUGAUUUUGGAUCUAGAAGUUAAGUCCUUGAGAGAUACGCGAGAACUAUUAGCUAAAGUUGGGCUCAAAGAAGCCAAAACUUUCAUCCAAGACAAUCCCCAUCCUAGGCUAUGGAGACUCCUGGCAGAAUCGGCCCUCAAUAAUCUUGAUUUAGAAACUGCAGAGAACGCUAUGGUCCGGUGUACCGAUUAUCUCGGAAUCCAAUUCAUUAAGAGACUGCAAAAUGUUAAUAAUGACCAGCUUAAAAAAGCAGAGAUUGCAGCCUUUUUAGGAAAUUAUGACAAAGCUGAGAAACUCUAUCUAGAUUUUGACCGCAGGGACCUGGCAAUAACGUUGCGUCAAAAGCUUGGAGAUUAUUUCCGCGUCAUACAAUUGAUGAAGAUGGGCAUCGGUGGGUCAGACAAACAGAUGGAACAUGCGUACAACAAGGUUGGAGAUUUUUUCGCUGAACGGCAAAAUUGGGAGGGUGCCAAAGAGUAUUACGAGAAAGGUAGCAAUUUAGAAAGGCUUGUACACUGUUACUAUAAACUCGAAGAGUAUCACGGGCUAGCCGGGACAAUUGAUCAACUUCCGGAUAAAAGUCCGCUGUUGAAAAAAAUUGGAACGAUGUUAGCUUCGGUGGGGAUGUGCUCGCAAGCAGUGUUAGCAUACAUAAAAUAUGGAGAUGUCAAGAUGGCAGUCGACACCUGUGUCAGACUAAAUCACUGGAAUCAAGCAGUUGAACUUGCAAAAACUUACAAGAUGGCACAGAUAGGUGAGCUGCUUAACAAGUAUGCAGUGCAUCUUUUGUCAAAUGGUAAAAUGCUGCAAGCCAUUGAGCUCUAUAAGAAGGCAAAUUAUUAUCUUGAGGCUGCAAAACUAUUGUUUGAUUUAGCGGUGGAACAGGCCAAGUGGAGAAGGGACCCUCUGAGGAUAAAAAAGAUCUACGUUCUCGCUGCUUUACUAGUUGAGGAUCACAUCAAAAGUGCUCCAGCUCCAAAAGUAGGACGUAGUAACAUCGUCAUGGGGUUAACGGAGUGCAAUAAAGACACUAAAGUGAUCGAGGAAGCCUGGCGAGGUGCCGAAGCCUACCAUUUUUUGCUGCUCACUCACAGACAGCUCUAUGGCGGAGAGGCUGAUGCUGCAAUGAAAACGGCGCUGAGGCUUAGAGAAUAUGAGGAUAUAUUAAAUGCUGAAGACAUCUACUGCUUGAUAGCCCUGUCAAGCUGCAUUAAUCGGGCGUUUGCAGCAUGUUCGAAGGCAUUCAUAAAACUGGAAGCUUUAGAGAAAAUUACUGAGGCUAAACGUGAGGAUUAUGAGGAACUGGCACUGACAAUCUUCACUAAAUAUCCACCGAGAGACUCUCGAAAUACCAAAUCUGAGUGUGUUACCUGCGAAACACUGGUACCCGACUGGUGUGUUGCGUGUCCAAAUUGUGCAACAAGAUUUCCUGGGUGUGUUAUAACAGGAAAACCACUCAUGGAUAUUAGUCACGGAUGGAUCUGUACGGUCUGCAGACAUCAUGCCGCCACAGAACACGACAUUGUCAAUAUUACUUCCUGCCCACUCUGUCACAGCAUUAUUACGUACAUGUGAGAACUUGAUUUCAGUUGUCCAGAUUGCACGGGUUCAUUUUCCUGGGUUUUGCUCCAGCCCUCCAAAUUUUGACUGUUUUAUCUGACUGUCAAUGAGGGUAAAGGCAAGAAGCGUACAGUUUAAGGAUGAAAUAUCAUUUACGAUUCUGCAUUUUUACAAAAACUAUAAGUAUCUAAAUCCAAAGUUUGAUUUUAGCUUCAGAUAAUUUUAGUCAUCUUUAUGCAUUAGUAGUCAUGUAGGUAUAUCGUUUCUAUGAUUUCACUUCAAUUCUAGGAUUUAGAAAUAUUUAAUUAUGUAGAAAAAUAUCACAACUGUAUGGUAUAGUACAAAACGAAUUUAUUCCGUCCAAUUGGUACAUGGAAAAAAAAUAAUAAAAUAAGUUAAUACAAAUAUACAUACCGUACGUACGUACAAUUUAAUUGAAUUGUUUGCUUUUCAAAUAUUCAAAUCUAAUACGAAUGAAUUGAGUUCACGGUGAUCGAGGCUUAUUGGUUGGGGGUGUCGUCGACUGAAGACAGUCAACGGGGGUAUGAACCUUGACGUGUGAUCCAAAACAGAAUGGCAUUAUACAUACAUACAAUGUAUGUAUACAUGUGCGCUGAAGUAUGAACUAAUGGAUAUAAGAAGUAUAUUACAUUUCUGUUGUGA